AGUGGAAAAAAAGGAAUAAUCUAAUCGAUAUAUAUACAACUAUAAUUCGUUAUCAAAAAAAUCAACAUUUGAAAAGUAGCUUCUCGCUUUCAGAUAGUGAAAACACUAGGGGAUGAAAUAGAAGAGUGUAGAUUCGGCGUGGAAAAGCGCGCACGAAGCGGGAAAUGCUCUCUGUGGCCCCGAAGCGACGACGCCACGUACUAGAUGGUAUAUUAUUGAUCAAUAAGAGAGGCUAACAUGGGUGACCCGUGCCGGCAGAGGCAGCUGUUACUUCCUCCGUAUUUUUACGCGACGCGCGUAUACCGCGAGAAACCGAUCUUCGAACAGUGUCUGAACACGUUCUCGGCGUUUUCCCUGCGUAUUUGGGACAAAGUGGACCGUUUCCCUGUACAAGAAGUACCGACCGUACGUGAAACGCGCCAGCCUCAUACUCCCGUGGAAAUACACGAAUCGAAGGAGACAGAGGGAGUAACGGAAGAGUAACGGCAGAGUAACGGCCAGCUAGGAUAGCUAAGGCAUAAGAUAGGUCGCGGGGGUGAAAGGGGAAUAGGGUAGUGGGAGUGAACGGAGAGAGACAGACGGAGAAGGAGCGAACGAGUGGGAGAGCAACGGGAAGAAAGCGCGAUAGAAGAGGAAUCGCAGAAACAGAGGGAGAAAGAGACGUGUGAGCGACAUGUGUCUGUGUUGAGAAUUCCAUCCACGAUAGUACGGCGGCCGAGGGUGCGCCGAGAGAGAAGAUCGGUAGCAUUCUCCUCUCCUAUAUCCGAUACUUUCUCGUCGCCUACACGGGACUAUCGAUGCAGACCUUACGGAAGAAAAACAGUCCGUGCAAGUGUGAGUAAAAAAAAAAAGUAAGAAAAGAAAGGGAGAGAAAAAAAGAAAAUAAAAGCCACCCCCGUAAACGAAUUUAUACAAGUUUCUUGUGCAUACCAUUAAACUCGUGCGGUAUUGACGUCGUCCUGUGUACCUGGUGUAUACAUUGUGAUAUACGUAUCGGCGAGUUAUGUGGCCUUUGAUAGUCUUAGCCUGUUUCGUGGGAUCUUCGACGUUCUCUCAAGAACGAACCAACCCGAUUUCUUGGGGAGGGUGUGUCGUUCAAGGCGAAGCUGAUUGGCAUAUUGGAAGUAUCGGAAGCACGCGGGGACCGGAUGUGCCAAGCAGCUUUGGCGGAUCUGAAGAUGGCGAUUCGAGCUGCCGGUGAACACAAACAACGAAUCGCCGUUCAGGUCAGCAUCGAUGGAUUACGCUUGCGGGACGAGAAGUCUGGGGACUGUCUGUAUCACCAUCCUGUACAUAAGAUAUCGUUCAUCGCGCAGGACAUGAGCGAUUCGAGGGCUUUUGGAUAUAUUUUUGGGUCACCAGACACGGGUCAUCGUUUCUUUGGCAUCAAGACAGAUAAAGCAGCAAAUCAAGUGGUAAUCGCGAUGCGAGACUUGUUUCAAGUGGUGUUCGAGUUAAAAAAGAAGGAGAUCGAGCUAACGAAGCAGCACUUAGAGCAGAACGCUAUAAACGUUAUUAAAUUUCAUACCACUGGCAUCUUUGUCGAACCUACCCCUGACACUAAAGGUGCAGCAGGAUCAGAGUCCUCUCUUCUUCGGGUAAGGAAUGCUAAUUCGGAGGCGGAUAAGUCAACUGAUAAACGAAACGAGCCUCAAAGUGGCGUUAUCAGGGAUUUAUUAGAUAUACAAUUCGAAUUGGACUCUCUGCAGCAAGGUAUCCAUCACAUGGACAAAAUUACCCCUGAAAAUCCACCACCUUCCGCUGACGAUCUCUUUGAAACCGAUCCAUUCGGUGAUUCUUUCGCGAAUAUGAAGCUCGAAGAUACUGUACGAGCAAUUUUACCACCACCACCGUCAUCCUCUAAAAGAGGCCACCUAGAGCGACAACAAACGGUUCCAGGCACCCAAUCGUCGAUCACGUCGAGUCCAGCAACCACUCUGACUAGCAAGACCCCUCCACUUCAAAGUACAAUUCAGUGGUUCGACAAAGAAACCGAGAAUCUCUUUAGUGACAGUGAGCUCACCAGCUCGGCUAAAAAUACGCCGGUUAAAAAGGAAGUGGAAGAGACCCAAGCCAAGAGCCCACAAAUAGACGUGUUCACGGAGUUGGACCCGCUAGGAACCGGUUUAAUAAAACCUUACGUAGACAAGAAGGACUUCUUCCAACACCUGAAGAAUCCUCCCAAGAAGGUGCUAAAAGAUUUAGUGUCUACUAAUUCGGCAGACACGUUCCCAACGAACUUUAACGUCCUCUCGGAACCCAUAGAGUCAGUGAAACCACGAAACGACAUAGUUCCCAAAGAAAAUCAAUUCGAGGACACAAACUUUGCAAAUUUCGAUCGAUUCGACGAAACCGAGGCGAUUCAGUCAGUUUUCACGCGCAGUGAUUCGUCCAGAAAAUCAGAUAUUACGCCUAGAACGACUCAUCAUCAACCUCUUUCUGUGUCUUUGCCUCCUGAAGACUCUUCUACCUCGAAAUCCUCGGCAAUCUCGACUAUUCCCACUUCCGCAGGCGUUUCUCUGCUCGGUAGAAUAGACAAAGACUCCACAGAAUCCACGCAUAGCUUGGUAAAGCUUCCCAGUCCCAUAAAAACUACGCGCCAGAAAGAAUUUGACAUUGAUAUCACCGGCAGCAAAGUACCAUCUAUGGACAAACCGUUCCCAGUAGAUUUCUCGACAGUCAGCGAUUCACCAGCAUCUCCACUAAAGUCUUGUCCCUCUGACGCCAACUCCAGACUAUCCACUUCGUCCGCGGAACUGGAACUCGUACCUGAACCUCCUCCUCGAGGAAUCGCUAACAUUCUAAUCAACCCUCCUCCUCUGCCACCGAAGAAGCAGGGCGUCAGGGGUGUUGUAAAGCCUCCUCCAAGGCCGCCGCACACAGAUACAUACUUCCACUACGACUUCCCUGAAAGAGAGCCCGUGGCGACAAGCGACAGGAACAUGAGUCCGUCGAGGGACGCAAAGAGUCAGUCAGAUGACAAUUUCAGUCCGCCCGUUCAGUUGUCUAGCAAAUCGGAUUUGAUAAGCGUGAUGACCACGUCGGCGUUCGAGGACUCGUUUAGUUCUAUGGUACCCACCACGAAUUUGUCCUCGUUUUUCACUUCCACUUCCAGUUCGACGACUGGACCCAAAAAGACGAAACCUUCGUUGGAUAUCACUUUAAGCCAAUUAACGUCUGCCAAUUUAGAUGAAUUGGCGAGCAGUUUAGGGAUGACUGUAAAGGAGUUGACUAGCCUAACUCUUCAGCAGUUGACCGAGUGCUUGGCUACUCUCUCAGCCAAGGAAGCUGUUGCCAGCGAUAGCGAGGAACCAGUUCCUAUAAAGCAAGAGCAAGUCAGUACUGUCCAAGCACAACCUGUAUCUAGUAUGGUGCAACCGAAGCCGUUCAACGAGCCACAGCUUUUUACUAAAACGAACAUCGACCAGGAGACCAAGCAGGAUGCUACUUAUGAUAAGUACGCUGUUUUUAGAGAACUGUUGGAGCUGGAACAGAUGGAGAAGAACGAAGAGAACGUCAUGAAAGAUUUCGCGGAGGAAGAGGAAGUGACAAAAGAGGAGUUUGAAUUAGUUAGUCAGCAACAAGAAACCAGCGAAGAGAUCAGAUCAGAAACUUUGGCUACUCUGGUGAAUCUAACGGUGAAACUUCCGCCUAGUAACGAGGAUCUGACCAAGGAAGAACAAAUUGAGGCAAAGUCUGAAGACACGACUGAACUAUCUUCGAGUUUGACAUUUGAAAAACUUCAGCCAAUUGAACUAGAAAGUAAAACAGAACCAGUGACAGAGCCUGAAGUACCGACAGAUUUAUUGACGAAACAAGAAGAAGAGGAAUCUGACAAAACGAAAGCUAUAAUCGACAUUGAGGAGAGAACAGAAGAACCAGAGCCUGUUGACAAACCUAGCGAAUCCAACGAGGAUUCUGAUAAACCAGAAACCAAAGAAACAACUACAGAAGAGGGUAAUGGGCCCUUGGUUGAAGUAAAUAAAGUUGAGGUAAAAUCUUCAGUAUCUAUAUCCAGCGACAAAUACGCGGCUUUACGUGAAAUUAUAGGCGAACCAGAACCACCAGUCAAACAACUUGACGAAGACACACCGAAUUCCACUAGAAUGUCUCCUGUGAUUCAAUUAUCGACCCAGCAAAAGACUUCAGCCGAGGUGGAGUUGCUAAAUUUAUUUUCUGACACGCCUCCACCUUCCAGUCCUAAAAAGCAGUCUAAAAAUGAGGAAGACUCGAGUUCUAUGGGGAUGGAUAUUUUUGAAGAGAUUAAAAUGUUAAGCAGCAGUGGACACGCACCAAAAACCAAGUCUCUAAUUCCUGAAGACAUCUUCUGCCCAUUUACAGAAUUAAAACCAGAAAGAGACGAAAGUAAAGAUGAUAGCAGUUGGACGAAGUUCGACACGGGUCUCUUCGUUUCAGACAGACCCCCUUCUGACUGUCCUCCUUCGAUUAGUAGAACUUCGCCGUGGUCUCCUGAUGGAAAAGAGUUCCAAAGAGAAGCGUCUUUCAAAGGAAGCAUGUACCAACAAUCAGGCGACAGCGAUAACGAGUGGAAAGACGAGGAAGAGAGCGAGGAGAGCAAUGGAAGGGGACGAGAUGGCAGAUUUAGAUGUAGCCACUAUCCAAGAUUCGAUGCUCCUUUCGGCGAUAGGAGCUUCUACGAGGAAACAGGUGGUCCGGGGAGCAAACGAGACAGAGGCUUCCGGGAUAAGAUGAUGGAAAAGCCUCGCGAUUCUGCAUGGAUCAAGAAUUCCGGACACAGGCCUCGUGACACUUCUCCGUGGCACGAUGAGAGUCAAUGGGAGAAAGAACCCAAGCAUUAUCCUCAUAGAAAGAUGCAGUAUAAGGACGAAGAAGAACACUACGAGGGUCACUGGAAAUGUAGAUCGAAGCCUCAACGUUGGAACUGGCCACACGAGCAUGGACCCUUUUAUGACGAGGAAAGAAAAAGGAAAAUGAUGCUGUGGAAGGAAGAUAGGUUUGGUAGCCAAGAAAGUAUGGGAUACGACGAUGACGAUAGGUGGUCUAGAAGGAAAUAUGAGAGAAGACGAUGGGAAGAGGAUGCCAGAUUUUGGAAUAGGAGAUCAACGGGUCCACCAGAUUCUGACUAUCCUAGUAGAGAAAGUUACUAUUACUAUAGAGAAAGCAGGGAACGACCACACGAUUAUCCUUCAGCUUGGAACGAAGACUAUGGCUCCGAUAGACCAGGAGACGAUUCCCCAAGGUAUAAUCAAUCAGGUAGAAAGCGACACUGGCCGAAGAGGCCAAAUAGUGCAAACGAGGGACGCAACGCUGACAUGGUCUACCCUGAAUCUCGAGGAAAAUUCGGCACCUCCAGGUCCGAGUGCAAUGAUAAUGACUCUGAUCCAUAUGUAAGAUCUUCGCAACGUUCCAGGAGUCGUCAAAGUUAUUGGGGUAGCGAUCAGGAAUAUGACAGCUGGGCGGAUAGGCCUUAUUGGUCCGAGGAACUAGAUACCAAGAGUGAGAGUCUUCACCGAAAGAGAAUACCCAGGCACAAACCUCGCCAGCCUCACGCAAAGACCCAGAGUCCAUUUGAGGACGAUUUUGCACAAACUGUAGAACACGUGGACCCCACUACCGUGGAACCUCUGGCUACAGCGGAGCCACGAAUUCGUUCUGAAGGCAGUGAACGGAAACCAUCACCACAGAGUCCUUCGUUUACGACUAGGUAUCCGAAGGCUCCCAGGAGAGGGAUGGGUAUGGAUGAGGUCUACAGCAAAAGAUCUAGUUACUUCGAAGAUGAUUUACCCUUCGCGGCUACUGGCAUGGGCGAUUCGCCCGAUAGACAAAGGCUUCCUUCUGACCAAAAAGCUACGCCUGAAGAACUUCCCUGUGAAUCCAAAGAUGCUCAUCAGACGACUGACGAUUUUGUAUCAGGGGACGGCAGCCGUGAUUCUUUCUUCAAUGGACACCUGAGAUACGACGACGAUGCGUUCGCUUUUAAGUCAGAAAUGGAAGACAACGUCUCUGAACACAGAGCGACCACUUUACCUUUGAAGAAUCAUGGUCGACAAGGAAAGUACUCUGCUGGAAGUAAUAAUAAUAAUAAUAACAAUAAGUCGAGGAACGAUCAGCAUAUUAGGAAGUCAGAAUCGGUGAAUAUAUUUGUCAGGGAGAACGAUCCGUUCGGGGAUGACGAUUUCUUCGAUUGAUGGGUCGUUAGAGAGGUGUUUUACCUUAAUAAGCACGGUGCUGGACAUUUCGAUGAGUUUUCACGUGUCAGUUCCGGGUUUUCGGAGAUGGUGCCGGGGUGAUUCGACGAGGUGCGUUUACUUAAUUUGUACAAAAACGUACCGGGCUUUGAGCUGUCAUUGCUCUAUUUAGUCCUCGAGUUAGAGGUGGACUGUUAUCGCGUACCAUCUAUGUUUUUUCUUUUUUUCGGUUGGAUUUAGACUAUUAUGGAGGCAGUAAGCGUUGGUUGAUGGAGAUUAUUAAGCGGUAAUAGGACUUGAAUAUGGCGUUCCGUUGUUUAUGACAGAAUUGUGGAGCGCUUAGUAAAGGUUGAAUUGAAGUACUCGUGAUGAGGUGAUAAAGUAACAAUUAGUAAAUGAUUUUUGCAUUUACCUUUUUUCAUUUUUUGGAUAUUUAUAUCUUAGAAAAAUUAAUAGAAGAUUAUUUUAGGUUUCAAUUGAGAAAUUUUUUGUAAUUUCAAUUGAUUUUAGAUGAUAAUAGGGAUCACGCGUGUUGGUCAAUGACAUUGAAUAAAUUCUACUCGCUAUUUAUUAAUUUCUAAUCCCAUACCAAAAAAAGUGCCGGAUCAAAAAAUGACCCAGGUAGCAACUUAACAUGAAAUCUCUUUCUGUUUAUUGCAUCAACAGUACAGCAUUACUAUAAAAGAUACAUUCCAAAUAAAAAUAUUCUAUCACGUCGUAUCCAUUCAGAAAGUUUCUAAAUGCGUAUAAAGAAAAUUUAUUUCUUAGAAUACCAAAAUCGUAUCCUUCGACUUGAAGUUCAAAUUCGUUUAAAAAUUAAUAUAUAGGAAAGGUAUUUUUAAACGAUUAAUACUUAUUGCCUCCAUUAUAGCUAACAAUAUGUUGUUUAGUUGAGAUUUAUUAUUAUAUAGUGUGAAUGUGAACUAGAAAUGAUUGACAGUGACAAACGCGUUCUUUUACGGUUGAUCCACUAUUAGGUCCAUCGGUGAAGAGGAUUCGUCUUAACGUAUCGAUAGCGAGAUAUCGAUGGGGUACGAGCUACGUACCGACUGCUAGUCAUUGUUUUAAUAAAUUUGUACAUAAUGUUAUAUCGGCGUUAGCGUGAAAUUGAUUCGUCGAUCGGGGUCUGUAUAUGUGCGGUACAGUUUGUAUGGCCAAUUGUUUGCCGUAAUCUUGACGUGCGCUUUCAAUUCCUGAUCAUCGGUCCAUAGAGUGUAAUUAUGCUUAGGUUCGAAGUAAAGUGGGAUGCUCCGUAAAGUUUAUGUUAAACGCUAAUUUACAAUAUUUUUAUUUAGUCAACGUGAAAUUAUGCAUUUUGAGAUAUUCCAUGAUCGAAUGCCAGUUUUCAUCGUAGAUGGCUCACGACAGUCUCAGUUAGAUUACUUAAUUUUUAUAGAGUGUUUCAUCUUAAAUUGUAUUCUGCAUUUGAAGUGAUAUCAAGUCCAUCACGUGAUAAAAUACAUAAUUUUAACAAUUAAACAGAGACUGCUGUGAUUCAAUGGCGUUUAUGAGACUGACGUUUAUAAUGAUCAAUAAUUUGAUCAUAAGACGAAUAUUAAUAUCUUAAUAAGACGAGAAUUGAACGUUUUUGGGGCAAAGACUAUCUCGUUUUGUGUGCCAGUGAAAUUAUAUUAAUUCUGUUAAUCGAAUUUGCGUCACGUUUAAUGAAAGAAUUAGGCAACCAAGCUUUUCUUUUUUCAUGAGUUAAUUAAUUUUUUUACAUUUUUAUAAAAUCUUCCAAAAUUUUCUUAUGAGCAUUCCACUUUUUUACAACUGAUUGCGAUAGUCAAUCACGUUUCUGUUUUGUUCGUUUCAUACGAUCACGAUACUAGUCAUGUCCGAGUGAGUUAGGGUUAUUAUAUAGAGAAUAUAGGCUUGAUCGUCAAUAGUUAUUGCAAUUGAAAUGGUUAGACAUUUUUCAAUUUGUAUUUUGUUCUUCCGCAUUUCUUCUUAAAGAAAAAUUUAACCAAUUAUUUUGGUUCACACAUUUUCAUGCUCUAUACUCGAAACUUCUUUUGCUAUAAUCAAUUAGUAAUUACAUCCUUUUCGAUACAAGUAAAACAAAAUGCAUCUUGAUUAAAUUCUAAGAAUACUUAUUCGAUAUUAUUCGUGUAAAUAUUUUAUUUACUUGUAUUCCAAUGUUAUUAAUAAUUUAUUUGAACAUUUUAUUUAUACUUUUAUACAUUUUACAAAGUAUCCAUGUUCAAAGAAACUAUAUAUUCUAUAAUUAAUGGAUAUAAUGAAAUUUAUAAUAGUAUUUUCAUGAAUUACAUUCGUUUUUGGGUUACAUCAUUUCAGAACUACAAAAAUGUUGAAAGACAUUUUCAGAAAAUAUUGAAGUAAUUUUUUGGAAAAAAUGCCUAACAAUUUCAGAUGCAAUAGCUUCAACAAUGAACGCCUGAGAGGAUCUCAUUCGAUAGUUAGAUUGUUCGGAACGUUGGAGAAUGAAAAUGUGGCUUUUAUACGUUUUUUGACUGGAACGAUCUUCGUUCGUAGGUCGAAUCGAUACCGUAUUAAGGACAAAGUAGAUUCGAUGAUCGAUUGUCGAUCGAAGACGAAAAAAUUGGGAAAAGAGGAGAAAAGACGAAAUGAAGAAAAUCUCCGUCAGUCUAGAUAGUUUACAAUUGCAAUUUAUUUACAACAAAUAGAAUCAAUUUUAAAUAAUCUUUUAUUUAUUCUUUAUUUGCAAAAGAAAAAUUGUAUACGUACUUUUAUAUUUUAUAUUUAUUUCAGUUAUUUAUACGUAGAUGUUGAUAAUUUAUGGUGAAUGCAUUUAACGCUUGAAACGAAGAAUUAUUUAUUAUUUAUUUAAUUUAUUAUUGGAACCUUGGAUCUGUUUAAGGAUAUAAAUUAUAGUCAGAGUUUUAUUGACAAUAAUAUAACUUGCAUGCAAUUCCACUUUCGAAUAUGAAACGACGAAUUUCUGUUUGAUCAUUUGUAUACCUCGUGAAGAAUUCAAACAUCAAAAGAGGAAAAAUUAAUUUUAAUUUACACAAUGUGUUUAUCUACAUAACGAUGCUUAUUAAGAACAAUGGGACAAAUUGUGUGAAUUUGUAAUUAAAAGUGUAACGUGCAUAUCGCAAUUAACCAAAGCUAAAGAUUUUUUUACGUAGCAUCCGCAACAUUAUGCGCUUUAUUAAAGCAAACGGAGAACCGUCAAUGGCAAUAAUUGUGUUAAAGCGUAGAUUGUAAUAACGUGAUUUUGAAUUUUGAAUUAUAACGCGGCUUAAUUGAAUGAAAAAACAAAAAAAAAAAUUAAUGUUCGAUGUUAUUAACUAUUAACCCUUGUGUGAGCAACCUGGUAGUCAUUUUUAUAAUUCUUUAAAUAAAUUUUCAUGUUCUUAUGAAGAUAUCACAAAAUAUCAUUAUACAUCUCCGAGUCUGCAUGUGUUGGGCACUUUUAUAUCAAGUUCUGUGUUUAGAAAUAGACUUUCAUAAAAAAUGUUACAUAUAUUAAAGCUUCAACUUGCUUAUAUAUAUUUUUGUCUGACACUUUUUUUUUUUGGAGAACUAGAAAUUUGUAAAAUUUUUAUUUUACAAAAUCGACGUAAAAUUUAUAAAAGAUCUCUUAAAUAUCAAAGCUUCGAAUCUAUGUCUACACUUGUGCUAAACAUAAGCGCUAUUAACGAAAAAUUACGUUCGUUGGAGAAUUUCUUUGCCAAAUUUUCAUUCGUAAACCAUCUUAGUUGCAAUCUAUCUUACAUGGACGUUCGAGUAUUCUGAGUUAUUGGACAAGCGUAUAUUACAAGUAGACCACGAAUGUUUAUGCGAAUUUAUAUCUCUAUGAACGUAAUUAAAGAAACGAAAUUCCGGUGGAAAUUUGUUUCACCCUUAGAAUAUCACAAUGAAUACUUCGAAUAUAACACGGUCUACUUGUAAGUUUAAAGCUUUGGCUCUUUUGUAAAUUGAAUUAUUUGGUUUUAAAAGCGAAAAUCGAAGCAACGUCUAAAUAAUAAAUGUUUGGAUUAAUUUCUUAAUACUUCUAUAAGAACAUACGGUAUCUUCUUAUAAGGAAAAUAUGGGAAUGAAUGCCUGAUAAAUCACACAAGGAUUAAAAGACGAGAAAAGGAGAGAAACCACUGUAAAACACAAGGAAUAUAUACCUCCAAUGUGUUGCAUUGCACGCAACUUCACCACUAACAUUGUUUCAACCACCACGAAAUUUCUACACCCACGAGAAUAAGAAUUCGUACUUUCUUCGAUAAUAAUAGUAACAUCUGUGCAAUAUAUCACGACCACUGAAAACACUAUUCAGGGAUUUUAGCUAACAAAGUACUUAAGCAAAUAUGUAAAACCUUUUUGCACGGUGAAAAGGUAUGAACGAUUUGCUACGAGGAAAAAGACUACGAUUUUACAUGAACGUAGUUAAUACAUUAUACAAGAUAACAUUUAAAAUGAAAGACAAGGAAGAAGGGAAAGAAUUUACGACGAAGAUAAAACUAUACCAAACGCUUGAUUUUUACGAUAAGAGAGGAAUUAUUUGAAACUUGUAAUUGAAUAGAGCAAGUGAGUAUAUAUAUAUUUCUGUCUGGACGUGUAAGUGAUUAGCGAAAACGGAAAGUUCCACAAGCAGGACGAAGGACACGAAUAAUAAGCGUAAAUAGUGUAAUAAUUAUGAAAUGGAAGAAAGGGGUAUAAGAAACUAAUUUGACGACGUUUAGAACACAGUACUCCGCAUCGCUAUAAUAAACUACGAUAAUACAUUGGUGACUUUAUGUAUGCGCUAUUAAUCGUGGGAUAUUGUCAUGUUUUUAAUACGACCAGAUAUCGCGAUGACGAUUUAUUCCGUGCAUUAUUGUCAGUCUCCCGGUGAACACGAGUCGCAGUACCACACUAAAACGAACGGAACCGUUCGAAUAAAUUUUCACUUUAAAAAUGUUGGGACAGAAUAAAUUUCUUUUGGAAGAAA